GUCUUCGACGCCGGGAACAUGUUCGGGAUAAUGCAGGUGGAGGAGGCGGAGGACGAGAGUCAGGACGAGGCAGCCCGCGAAGCCCGGCGGAAGCAGCCCAACCCGGGCGGUGAGCUGUGCUACAAGGUCAUCGUGACCAACGAGCGAGGUCUGCAGGUGGCUGACCCCAACAGCAUCUUUCUCAUCGACCACGCCUGGACGUGCCGCGUGGAGCAUGCCCGCCAGCAGCUUCGCCAGGUGCCAGGGCUGCUGCACCGCAUGGCCAACCUGAUGGGAAUCGAGUUCCACGGCGAGCUGCCUAGUGACGAGGCCGUGGGCCUGGUGCUCGAGGAGAUGUGGAAGUUCAACCAGACCUACCAGCUGGCCCACGGGACAGCUGAGGACAAGGUGCCAGUGUGGUACAUCAUGGACGAGUUCGGCUCUCGGAUCCAGCACGCGGACGAGCCCAGCUUCGCCACCGCACCCUUCUUCUACACCCCCCAGCAGGUGGCCUACACGCUGCUGUGGCCCCUCAGGGACCUGGACACGGGCGAGGAGGUGACCCGGGACUUUGCCUACGGAGAGCCUGACCCCCUGAUCCGGAAGUGCAUGCUAUUGCCCUGGGCGCCCUCCGACCUGCAGGACCUGAGCUCCUCCACGCCUGAGCCUCCCGCCCAGCACUACCAGGCCAUCUUAGAGGAAAACAAGGAGAAGCUGCCUCUCGCCGUCAGUCCGGUAGCUCGUCCCCCCGACCACAUUUUCAGGGUCUACACGGACGUGCGCCAGGUACUCAGCCACCUCACUCACCCGCGCUUUACCUUCACCCCGGGCGAGGCCGACGCCGACAUCCUCUAUAAUUUCUCGCACUUCAAGGACUACAGGACGGUGAAGGACUGCCUGGCCUCCAUCGCGCGCCGAGUGGGCGGCCCUGAGGGCCCACGCUGGCUGCCCCGGACCUUCAACCUGCGCACCGAGCUGCCCCAGUUCAUCAGCUACUUCCAGCAGCGGGAGAGGAGGGGUGAGGACAACCACUGGAUCUGCAAGCCCUGGAACCUGGCCCGCAGCCUGGACACCCACAUCACCAAGAACCUGCACAGCAUCAUCCGGCACCGGGAGAGCACCCCCAAGGUCGUGUCCAAGUACAUCGAAAGCCCCGUCUUGUUCCUCCGUGAGGACGUGGGGAAGGUCAAGUUCGACGUCCGCUACAUUGUGCUGCUAAGGUCCGUGCAGCCGCUGAGGCUCUUCGUGUACGACGUGUUCUGGCUGCGCUUCUCCAACCGGCCCUUCACCCUCGAUGACCUGGACGACUACGAGAAGCAUUUCACCGUCAUGAACUAUGACCCGGAUGUGGUGCUUAAGCAGGUCCACCACGACGAAUUCAUCCCCAAGUUCGAGGCACAGUACCCGGAAUUCCCCUGGAGAGGAGUCCAGGCCGAGAUUUUUCAGGCCUUCAAGGAGCUGUUCCAAGCGGCGUGUUCCAAGCCACCACCCCUGGGCCUCUGCCACUACCCCUCGUCCCGGGCCGUGUACGCCAUCGACCUCAUGCUGAAGUGGGACAGUGGUCCAGAUGGGAAGCAGGUAAUGCAGCCGCAGAUCCUGGAGGUGAACUUCAACCCAGACUGCGAGCGGGCCUGCCGGUACCACCCCAGCUUCUUCAACGACCUCUUCAGCACCCUGUUUCUGGACCAGCCCAGUGACUGCCAUGUCACCCGCCUCCUAUAGGCCUUCACUGUCCCCUCAGCUGCCCUCGCGGUAGGAUGCCAACCUUGGUUCUCUGUGCUGCUUCUGCGAAGGACCUCCCCUGCCUCCCACCCGGCCCCAGCCCCUGCUCUCCGAACUGUCAUUCUGGCUCCACCCGGGAGUGCAGGGUCCUUCAUGGCUGGGACAGUGGCAGCAUCCCCGGGCCCACACUGUCCCUAGGCCUUGGGCAGCCUCCCCUGUGUGCCUUGGUGAGUCUACAGCUGAGCCAGGGCUCGUUCCUGGCUCUGGGCACUAGUUCUGGGGAUCGAGCGUGUGCCCGGAAUCUGGAUCCCUAGGAAGCCUCGGGGAGCUCUGCCUCAAACAGGGCCUCUGGUUUCCUUUCUGCGAUCUCUGUCCUCAGGCAUCAUGGCUCCCCUGAGCAGGUGUCGGGGUCCCUGGCUGCCCUCACAGGCUCUUUCGCAGGUCCCCGGGACAACCUGGGGAAGCUGCUUACCAAGUCAGCCAUACGGCCAACCCACAGCUCAGCCAAAACUGUACCAGCAGCCAGCCGGCCAUCCCAGGCAGGAAGGCCAGCUUUGGCUGCAUCCCCUUUCCAUUUGGCAGGGGUGGGCCUGGCCUCGGGGAGGUAGGCCUCAUAGGGUCCCUCUUGUCCCAGUGGCAUCCCCACUGGCUGGCAGCUCACUGGGUCCUGCCCUCUGAGAGAAUUGGGUGCUGUGUGAAGGGCCCAGGAUGCUGAUUCCAAGGAGAACUUCAGGCACCAUCUUCUACCAGGUCCAGGGGCAAGAUGUUAGAUGCGUUAUUUUUUAAUUUAUGAGCAGAACAUGUCCAAGUGUACUCCUUGCUGAAUUUUGUUUCUGAAAUUGGGAGUCAGCCACCCACAUGUUUUGUGUAGCUGCAGUGUGCCUGGACCCAGCUCAGGGAUGGGGUGGGCUGACUCCUUGGCAGGCCGGAGCAGUUUCUGGAAACUUCCACAUGUGGGAAGAAAGGGCUGGGCCUGGUGGUGGUUUUUGUUUUUGAAGCGAAAGUGACCCUUAUACCAGAACUGGAUGUGAUUCUGUCCCCGUCCCUGUGUCCGUCUGGGCGUGUGUGUCACCCUCUGUUCAGCAUCACCCCCUUUCUGCUGGGAGCACACCCCCUCCCCUUGCUGACCCAGUCGCUGCUGCAGGGUGAAGGUGGGUGCUCCACCUCUGGUCUUCUGCCCUGGAGAGCUGCUGACACCCUGCCCUCCUCUCUGGAUUUGUGUUGCAAUAAAGUCUGCCUUCUUUUA